AAUGGUAGCAGUCAACAAAAGACCACCCUUCUGGAAGCAUGGAACUUUGAAACGAGACAAACUAAGCUUAGCUAAGGAGUUGCAAUAAAUUCUUCAUUUCCCGUUUCCCCCUCAGAUUCCCUCACCUUCCUCGAAACAUCAAACUCUUUCAAAUUUCCAUAUAUCAUAUUGUCAAGAAAUAUAAUAUUCCAUCAAGCAGUUGAAAGUGAAACACGACUUGAUUAUUACUACUAAAAUUCCAAUAUAUCUACGCGUUGUUUACUUGGUCUUUAUUAUAUAUAUUUCUCUCCCUUUGGCUCUGCUUCUCUUGAACCAAACCUGUUUUUCUUUCUUCUGUUGCAAGAAUGAAACCUCUGCUUCAUCAUCCAUCUUCUUUUUCCAUUACUUUCUUUUUCUCCUUGGCACUUUUGAUGAUCUCAAUCAUCAAUAUUCCAAAGUGUAAGUGCGACGAUGACAACCAAUAUUAUAAGAGCUGCAACAACAGUUUUAGCUGCGGAAACAGCGUCACAAACCUCAAGUAUCCAUUCUGGGGAGGAAGCAGAGCAGGGUAUUGUGGUAAUUCUUCUGAUCCUAAUUUGAUGCUCAUGUGCGAAAGCGGUGUCCCAAAGAUAACAAUCAAUUCCGUCAAAUACCGUAUUUAUAAAUGGGAAGAUACAAUACAGAGACUAACAGUUGCCAGAGACGAUUACUGGAGUGGUAUUUGUGCUGUGACUGUGAGUAAUAAUUCUAAGAACAGCACAUUCAAUAACACUCCGUUUCAACGUGAUGAUGGUGUUUCUUCUACUUUAAAUGUGUUAUACAAUUGCAAUACAAAUGGAGAUAGCAAUUUUAGUAUUACAUGCGGUAGUAAUAUGAAAGUUGCGUACACCCUGGAUCUUGGUUCGAUCAAAUGCACUCCAACUGUUAUCAUUAAGAUUCCAAUUUCGGUAACCCAAGCUUCACAAAUUGGAACUCUUAAUGCUUUAAUAGCAGCAUUAAAAGACGGUUUUGCUUUGAAAUGGAGAGGAGACUAUGAAGGGUGGCUGAGUUGCGUUGGUUCUGGUGGUGUGUGUGGCAGCAAUGAAGGAACUGAAUUCAAAUGUUUCUGCAAAGAUGGAGCUCAUACAACUACAUGCUUUUCACAAAAGGCCCCAGCCCCAACCCCAACCACAAGUUCAAAACUUAACUGGUGGCCUAUUGUGAUAGGUGCUGCAGGAUUUGGAGUAUUGUUCUUAAUAAUUAUUAUGAUUAGAUGUCACCUUAAAAGGGGUACAGGUAGACAACAAAAGAGUAUUUUCAGGAGAAGAAGAAAGCUUGUUGAGCACAAUGUGAACGCUUUUAUGCAAAAUUAUAAUUUAUCUAUGCCAAGAAGAUAUAGGUAUACAGAAGUAAAAAGGAUCACAAACUCAUUUCGAGAGAAAUUAGGCCAAGGAGGAUAUGGUGUUGUAUACAAAGCAAGUUUAAACGAUGGUCGUCAAGUGGCAGUGAAAGUAAUAAAUGAAUCAAAGGGAAAUGGAGAAGAAUUCAUAAACGAAGUUGCUAGCAUUAGUAGAACAUCACACAUGAACAUUGUGUCACUUUUAGGUUAUUGUUAUGAGGGGAACAAAAGAGCACUAAUAUAUGAGUUCAUGCCCAAAGGUUCAUUGGAUGGGUUCAUCUAUAAAAGUGAAUUUCCUAAUGCUAUUUGUGAUUUUGAUUGGAACACUCUGUUCCAAAUUGCAAUAGGCAUUGCUAGAGGACUAGAGUACUUGCAUCAAGGAUGCAACUCAAGGAUUUUGCAUCUUGAUAUCAAACCCCAAAACAUUCUUUUGGAUGAAGAUUUUUGUCCAAAAAUAUCUGACUUUGGUUUGGCUAAAAUAUGCCAAAAGAAGGAUAGUAUUGUGUCAAUACUAGGGACAAGAGGAACUAUAGGAUAUAUGGCACCUGAAAUAUUUAGUAGAGCAUUUGGUGGAGUCUCUUACAAGUCUGAUGUGUACAGUUAUGGCAUGUUGAUUCUUGAGAUGAUAGGAGGAAGAAAGAACUAUGACACCGGAGGGUCGUGUACUUCUGAAAUGUAUUUUCCUGACUGGAUUUAUAAAGAUCUUGAGCAAAGUAAUAGUAGUACUCUUUUAAAUAGUUUGACAAUCUCAGAGGAAGAAAAUGAUAUGGUUAGAAAGAUUACUUUGGUGAGUCUAUGGUGCAUUCAAACAAAUCCAUCAGACAGACCACCAAUGAAUAAGGUAAUAGAAAUGCUACAGGGGCCACUUUUAUCAGUGUCAUAUCCUCCAAAGCCGAUCUUGUUUUCUCCAGAAAGGCCAGCACUACCGGUAGAAUGUAUAUCCUCAUCCGAUUUCAAUGAAACAAGUUCAAUUACAGUAUCGAAAUAA